GACAAUGGAGUUCUGAGACGGCAGGAUGUGCCUUGUUCUUUCUGGGGGGAGAUGGCAAGGAGGAAAUAAUGCCCAAGAGUUGUACAAGUUGUCCGCAGAAGUGAGGUUGAAGGGACUUUCGUAGCCUCCGUCCUCCUGGUUGCUUGGUUUUGAUCUGACACUUUGGUCUGGAUGCCUGAACCCAUCUGCAUUCAGUCCUAUAUCUGAAGGAAUCGGGGGUGAACUGGAGAGAGAAAUAAGAAAGUUUUGCAGAUAGGAUGAUGCAUUGGCAGCUGCUGUUCGCUUUGAUUCCACUUGCCGGAGGUCUACCUUGCACUCAAAUUUCAUGCAAGAACGGAGGAACCUGCUUGAACCACUCCAACGGGUCCUUUACGUGCCUAUGCUUUACAGGAUAUGUUGGAGACUUGUGCCAGUUUGUUGACCCCUGUACCCACAAGCAGUGCCAGAAUGGGGGCACAUGCUCUCUCCAAAUGCUCCGUCCCCCAAACCCUCCCACCUCCACGUGCCUUUGCCUCCCUGGUUUUACAGGGGAGCAGUGCCAAGGCCUGGUAGGAGACCCCUGCUUCCCUUCGCCAUGCCAACAUGGAGGAUCAUGCCAGCGCCUCUCCGGAAAGCAGUAUCAAUGUCAAUGUGUAUCAGGAUGGACAGGAAAGAAUUGCCAGCUGAUGGAUUUCUGCCCGGCAAACCCAUGUGCCAAUGGCGGGACGUGCGUCAUCACCUACCCAGUCAUCGUUUGCCAGUGCCGGCCGGGGUUUGAAGGACACACCUGCCAACAUGAUGUCAAUGAAUGCUUUGGGGACACAAAUCCCUGCCUCAAUGGAGGCCGGUGCAUUAAUAGCGUGGGUUCUUUCCGUUGCGUCUGCCCUCCCAAUUCCUCUGGACCCCUCUGCCAGUACCGCCUGGCACCGUGUUCCCCAGAAAUCUGCCUCAAUGGUGGCACCUGCCAUGAGGUGGAUGAACGAUACCAUGGAUGCCUGUGUCUCCCAGGCUACACAGGUCAAUACUGUGAGGUGAACCCAGAUGACUGUGUAGGGAAUCAAUGCAGCAAUGGGGGCACCUGCCUGGAUGGAUUGGGGUCAUAUUCCUGCCAGUGUCUCUCAGGCUGGACAGGACUUCAUUGCCACCUCCACGAUGCCUGUCUUGGCAAUGCAUGUCAUCCAGAUGCACACUGUGAUACUGACCUCCUGACUGGCCACGCUGUUUGCACAUGCCAACAAGGUUAUACUGGAGCCCUGUGCAAUGAAGACAUCGACGAGUGCCAGAUGGGUGCAGAUCCCUGCGAACAUGGCGGAAGCUGCCACAAUACACUUGGCUCUUUUACCUGCCGCUGCCCCGAAGGCUACACUGGCUCCCGGUGCGAAUCCAACCUUAAUGAGUGUCUCAGCCAGCCUUGUCAUAAUGGAGCCUCUUGCCUUGACUUGCUGGGCAAAUUCCAGUGCCUCUGUCCCUCAGGGUUCAGUGGGCCAUUAUGUGAAGUGGAAGAAUGUGUCACAGACCACUGUCUCAAUGGAGGAACCUGCCUCCAACAAACCCAAGGAUUUACCUGCAAGUGUCUCCCUGGCUUCGAGGGGCCUCGCUGCAAGCGGGAAGUGGAUGGCUGUGCCAGUAAUCCAUGUAGGAAUGGGGGCCAGUGCCAGAAUUCAAUGGGGAUUGUCCACUGCACCUGCCCACCAGGUUUCGAGGGGCACCACUGCGAGAGGGAGGCCAACUUAUGCCACAGUGGCCCCUGUGACCACGGGACCUGCGUGAACACCCCCGGCUCCUUCACAUGCGUAUGCUCUCCAGGAUUCACGGGACCCCUCUGUGUGGAGCUCAGCGAUCCCUGUCAGAACUGGCAGUGCCUCCAUGGAGGUACUUGCCAGGUAACAGAAACUGGGUUGCAUUGUUUCUGUCAACCAGGUUGGGCUGGUGAAGACUGUGGCACAGAGAUCAAUGCCUGUGAUUCCAGCCCUUGCUACCAGGAGGCCACUUGCAUUAGCCAAGGAGGCACUUUCAGUUGCCUCUGCCCCAGUGGCUACCAAGGGAUAACAUGUGAAGAAGAUGUGGAUGAAUGCCAGGCAGAUCCCUGCCUUCACUCUGGAUCCUGUCUUAACAGCCCUGGAACUUUCCGUUGUCUUUGUCCACAGGGUUACGCUGGCCCAAAGUGCCAAAUAACCUUAGAUCUUUGUUCACCAAAUCCAUGUGGACAUGGAGGCCAAUGUGUUGUAAAAGACUCUGCCCCCCAUUGCCUCUGCUCCCCGGGUUGGACUGGCUCUCGAUGCCAACGACAAUCAAUUCUGAAUGGAGAUAACUGCACAGAUCCAGUUGGAGGGUUUAACUGUCAGUGCCUUCCAGGGGGAAAGUGUCCAAAUGGAGGAACCUGCAUCAGGAUCUCUGGUGAAUUUCGAUGCUUGUGCCCACUGGGAACCACAGGUCCCCGCUGCGAUGUGGACCCCUGCUCUCUCCCUGGUCCGCAGUGCUACUAUGGCGGCACCUGCGUGGCUCAGCCGGAUGGGUUUUCUUGCAUCUGCCCUACUGGGUAUGUGGGCAAGCGGUGUGAGGGGGUGGUGGAUGCCUGCUUCUCCCAGCCUUGCCACCGACCCGGUGCCCACGACUGCCAGUCCAGUGAACAUGGCUUCCACUGUUUGUGUGCCCCAGGAUACACAGGGAGACUGUGUGAAACUGUGACUGACAGUUGUCAGGCCAAUCCCUGCCUCAAUGGUGGAAGCUGUACCAUGAUGCCUGGUAACCCUCUUGAAUUCACCUGCCACUGUCCACAGGGGUAUGAAGGAACCACCUGUGACCAGCACACACCAUCUUGUGGGCCCUUCUUCUGUCACAAUGGCGGGGUUUGCAUUUCACCCCAGUCCAGACCACGGUGCCUCUGUGUGGCUGGUUUCUCUGGGCUCGACUGCCGCCAACCUCCCUGUUCUUCGGGUUCCUGCGCAGCUGCCAAUGACACCCUGAAACCUGAAUGCCAGAAGACCUCAGGAGAUGGGCGUUGUGACCGGGCCUGCAGCUCCCGUGAGACCAACUGGGACGGUGGCGACUGUUCCCUGGGCUUGCUCAACCCUUGGGGAGGUUGCCCAAAGCAGGAGCUGUGCCAGGUGGAUUUCCGGAAUGGGCAUUGCCAGCGCUCCUGUGACAGUGAAGGUUGCCUGCAUGAUGGCUUUGACUGUGUCCAACAGAAGCAAUGCAACCCGUCCUAUGCUAUGUAUUGCCGGGACCGCUUCCGUGACGGACACUGUGACCGAGGGUGCAACGUGGCUUCCUGCGGGUGGGACGGAGGAGACUGCUUGUCAUCGCCUGUCCCAUCGAAGGCACCAGUAUUGGGGCUGGUGGUCCUGCUUCCCCGGAAAGCCAUCCCUCUGUUUCUGCAUUCCCUGACGGUUGUCACGCGGGCCGUGCUGCAGGUUAUGCGGGAUGCCGAAGGGAAAGAGCGGAUCUAUCCCUAUACUGGGAAGGAAGAGCUUGGAAGCAAGAGCAACUGGACUCAGAAAAAGACUUCUGUAACAGAAACCAUUGGUUUUACUAUCUUCCUGAUUGUGGACAGCAGCUUGUGCUCAGGGCGGUGUCCCACAUCCCCCAAAUCCGUUCUGAAUAUCUUGGGGGCCAUGUCAGCAAAGGGAUCCCUGGAAUCCUUAAUUCCACACCCGCUGGUUGCAGCCUGGCUGGAGUUGGUGGAAAAUGAUCCGCAGACGUCCCUUCCGCGUUUCUCCGGGCCCCUCCUUUACGGCGUGGUGGCAGGUGUUUUGGUGAUCGCCUUGGGCAUCUUUGUGGGAGUCUGGAGGAUCCGCCGGCCCCAGCAUCGGGAACAUGGUUCACUGUGGUUCCCUCCCGGAUUUGCUCCACACCAGAGCAAGAAACGGCGGCGGCGGAGAGAACCUCUUGGGGAAGAUGCUAUUGGGUUAAAGCCAAUGAAAAUGGAGAUUGAAUUUGUCGAAGAGACUGAUAUGUUUUCCAGUCCCCAUUAUGAUGGACCUCUGAACACCAAGGAUGUGGAGGAUGAUUCUGAUUGUAUCUCAGUGCCAGACCAGGGCCAGCCAAAGCCCAAGAGGCAGAUGCCGGGCAGCACGCCAACCCAGGAAAAGAGCACCAGGCCAAAGAGUGCAAAGAAUCGAGAGCCAGUUUGUGGUUUGACACCCUUGAUGCCUUUGGCUGCUUCUCCCGGCUUGGAAGUUGAAGGAUCCUGGACAGACCAGCAACCACACAACUCUGGAGAGACUCCCCUUCACUUGGCAGCUCGCUUCUCCCGUGCCGAUGCUGCCCGCCGUCUCCUCGCCUCUGGGGCCGAUGUCAAUGCCCGCGACCAGUGGGGACGCACCCCCUUGCACAGCGCAGUAGCCGCUGAUGCGUUGGGUGUCUUUCAGAUCCUACUCCGUCAAAGGCAGACAGAUUUGGAUGCAUCCACCCAAGACGGCUCCACCCCACUCAUCCUUGCCACGAGGCUGGCGGUUGAAAACAUGGUGGAGGAGCUGGUGGCCAAUCAUGCAGAUGUCAGGGCCACAGACAAGAGAGGAAAGAGUGCCCUCCACUGGGCUGCAGCCGUGAAUAACGUCCGUGCCGCCCUCGUCCUGCUGAGAAACGGAGCUGACAAGGAUGCUCUGGACAACCGGGCACAGACCCCUCUGUUCCUGGCUGCUCAAGAGGGGAGCUACCAAGUGGCCAGCCUCCUUCUCCAACAUGGAGCCAAGCAGAACAUCCGAGACCACCUGGGGCGCCUCCCAAAGGACGUGGCCCGGGAGCGUCUCCACCAUGACAUCGUAUCUCUCUUGGACCAGACUUCUCCCUCUUGUGGGACUGGCCAGCUCUCUCCACAUAGACCACGGCCACAGGCCCAUCGGACUACGGCCAACCCCCACAGGUUAGCAGGGCAGAGUAGCCACCUGCGGCUAACUCCUGUGCCUGAGAAGGAAGAUCUUUUUAAGGAAGCUCCAAAUAGCUCAACUGAAGAUGCUGCCAGACCUCCUGCUGAGUGACUCUGCCCCUUCGGGAUGUGGAACAGACAGACAGGAGGACGGGGGUUCAGUGAUGUUGGGUCGAGCCACGGUGGGGUGUUAUCCCCACUGAUGUGAGUGCAGGAAUGAUGGCGUCACAGGAAAGCAGGAUGGCUGGAUGUGUCAUCGCUCCUGGAAGGGACCUGAGGACAUUUUUGAUGACAUGCAUGAUUAUGUCAGAUAGCAAGGGGAUGAGCAAUCGGUGAGCAGUCCUACAUACUCCAAAUUAGACUGAAUGGCCUUUGUCAGAUCUGUUACAUAUAAUCCAAAGAGCUGGAAGAGAUCCCAAGAGCAGGAACACACAAUUAAAGCACUCCCAACAGAUGGCCAUCCAGCCUGUUAAAAACUUCUAAACAAGGAGGUUUUAAAACAGGCGGUGGCAGCAUAUUCCACUGCUAAACAGCUCUUACUAUUGGGAAGUUCUCCCAAGUGUGUAGGUUGCAUCUCUUUCCUGUAAUUUGAAUCCUUUGUUCUGUGUCCUAAGCUCUAAAGCAAGGGUCCCCAAACUAAGGCCCGGGGGCUGGAUGCGGCCCAUCGAAGCCAUUUAUCCGGCCCCCACACACAAGGGCAGAAGGGAGUUGGGCUAAGUGACCCAAGGGGGUCUCUUCUUCUCUUCCAACCCUAAUUAUUAUUAUUAUUAUUAUUAUUAUUAUUAUUAUUAUUAUUAUUAUUAUUAUUAAC